UUAAGAACAGCGCAUAUAGGAAUCCAAUGAGAGAAAGCCCCCUAAGCGGAAGAGAGAGAGAAUGCGUGUGAUAUAGGCAAAACACAAGCCUCUGCAAGCAAUGGGUGGCGUCAUCAGCCGGUGCUGUAAUAACAGCCAUGAGUCGAACGAGGAACUGAGAGGUCGAGUUGUUGUGCUAGAAGAAGAGAUCAGAGAGAUGAAGCGCGCAAGGGAGCGUGACGCUUGGGCUUACGAGCAGCGCUUGGCGGACUUCGCCUCCAAGGAGGAGGAGUGGAAGCGAGAGAUCAGGAAGAAGCAGGAGGAGGAGGAGGAGGAGGAGAAGAAGAUGCUGAGCAAGAUGUCGAAAGAGGAUAGGAGAAGACCAUGCUUGGAGAUCUGCGAGGAUGACAAGGAGCGGCAUUUCCUCGUGGAGUGCAUGGAGGAGGAGCAAGCGCGACGGGAGGAAGCGGUCGCCAAGUGGAAGCAGCUCUAUCUCACCAUAAAGACCGAGCUCGAUGACCUCAUCCAAAGGACUCGUGAAGGUGAGAGAUUUGGAUGGGGAACUGAAGAAAGCAUGAUGGAACAGCUACAGAAGGAUUUAAGAGACAGGGAGGAAGCAAUGGAAACACUAAGAUCGCACAUAGCAGUAAUGGCAAAAGAGGCGUCCAAAAAGGAUAGAGAAAUCGAUAUUCUGAGGCAGAGCCUGAGAAUACUCAGCUACAGGCAAAAAGGUGUCAGUAGAAUGAACCUGCCGAGAGGCUUUUGCUCAUUGGCAGGCGGCAGAGAUCAGUGAAUUAAGGAUAUGACACGAAUGGUAAGAUUUAUAUCAGAAAAUCUGGAAAGAGUGAGUGGUAAGACUCCACCAAAAUCCGUAACAGUAACAUGUAAUGUAAAAUUAAACCUCUAAUGUUGUCCUAUGAAUAUUAAAAUCUUCAUUAUUACAGGAUGGUGCUUUUCAAGGC